CUGUCUUCCCACCAUGAUGGGUAUUCACCUGCAGGCUGCACUUAUUAUUAAUUACUUGACUAUCAUGUGGCACUACUCCGUGUAAGUACCUACUCCGUAAGUACUGGGCAGGCACUGGCAAGCACCCACAGGCAUUUCCAUCACCACUGUCUGCAUCACCCUCGGGCUCCAAGCCUCCCUGCCCUCUCCCCAUCCCCCCCGAAAGGCGUCCCAAUCCUCAUGCCCCCAAGGCAUCUUCACACUCCUCACCACCCACCCACGGCCACACCUCUUCUUAUUCUCAAGCAAUAUUCUAAACCACUUCUCCAGACUUCAACACCCUCUUUUCCAAAUCACUCUCUCAUCUUCACUUCACCCUCUUCGUAGGGUCUAUUCUUCUCACAAAAUCUCCCGCAUCAUGUAAUGCGCGAGCCUGUCUUGUUGAAAAGUCCCUCCUUACCUCGCCCUCACAACCUCCGCCUCGAAUUCAGUCAACCCCCAAGUUGCGCCUCACCGACACCUCCUCCUCCUCGGCCACCACACUUGACAACCCACACAGUCAUUCUCUAGGCCAUAAUUCCUAUUCUUGCAAGUCAAAUAUGGACUCACAGUCUCCAAACCCUCCUUACGGCGCCCCUCCACCCUUCUCACCUCCUCUCUCCGCUCACCGAUCAUCCACCGACACCGCCAAACAUGGCUCUAUCGAUGUCGAUGUCUUCAUGGCAGAUCAUGAGCGUUCUACAAGAGCCGCCUCUGUUCUGUCAGGCUUGUCUGCCGAGGACAUGGAGGCCGCAGAAACCCUCAACAGCCUACAGCACCAAUUCCACCCUCCGAGGCAGAAUCCUCCUACCCUUGUCCAGACUCAAACCACUUUCGACUCAGACCAAUCCGAGCCCCUUCUUCGACUCUUCACCAGCCAAUACCCUCUGGCAGGCAGUCUCCUUAAUGGCUCGCUGUCCGCAUACAAAACCACGCAGUCGUAUAUUCCAGGCGCCGAAUGGACGGAACGAAAUGUCGGUCUACCUAUCGCCGGCACUGUCGCCAGGAUUUCUGGUGUGGAAAGCAGCCUGAGAUGGGCUCUCAAACCCAAGCGCGAUGGAAGGACAUCGUCCCACAGCCUUCAAUCACCCGACGUCGAGAAAGGUUACUCCGAUGUCAUUCCCGCCGAAACAAAUCGUUCUGCCCACCACUCCUUUCCAGAAGGUCUUCCUGAAUACAACCCCGGUGACAGAUCCCCUCCUUAUUCAGAAAAUCAAGUCAUGGCAAGAUCUCGCGAUCGCCAACCACCACCUGGCUGGCGUCAACAACUUGUCAUCUCCACGAGUGGCCUCGGUGUCGCCAUGAGUGAUGAAUCCAUCCGAAGUCUGCGAUUUUGUCUCAGCUGGCUACGCUGGGCCAAUGGUCAUCUUGGCGAGGCCAUCCAGAAUCUGAAGAACUUGCUCGAACGAUGGGACGAAGGUCUCACUCCUGGCGAACAACCUGGGCCAAUGUCGGUUGCUAACAUGACUCAAACCCAAGAAGAACGCCGUCAGGCCGCCUUGUCUGCUCGAAUUGCCGCCCUCAAGGCCGAUGUCUUACAGACACUUAAGCACGUUGUAGGGAUAGUGUCCAGUUAUGCCGGAGGUGCUCUUCCCACCAAUGCACGAGACCUGGUCCACCGUCAUCUUGUCAGUCUCCCUCAACGCUUCAGCCUUGCCAACAUGGCUGGCAACGACCAGGACCUUGCCUUGGAUGGAGACGAAAAUUCCUCCGAAGCGGCAAAAUCAGGUCGACGAGUCAUGCUUCUAGCACAGGAGGGGCUGGACAUGAUGACACAGGUCAGCCGAGUCGUCAACGACACCUUGGUCAGUGCCGAGGGCUGGUGUGAGAAACUGGGCCGGAGGACUAGCUCACACAGCCAGUCACAGCCACAGACCCCGCCAUUCCUGCCCACCAAGGCUGGGGAAAAGCCCGUCGACGGAGCUCGUCACACCAACAACACCCUCGCACCGAGUGAGAAGACCUUGGAAGGUCUAACCAUGGCAGUCUCACGAUCCAGCGCGGAAGACGUUGUGAUGGAAAUGUAACAGUACUUGGAUCAGCUGGUUUGCGACAAGAUCCUUUUUUUUGUUAGGUGUUUUUUCUUAUGACCAUGACGACGAAUGACGAGUUUUCUGGUUGUCGGACUAAGCCUUGAAGUCGCCUGCCGAUACAUGAGAUCAGCUAAUGACUUUCUGUGGGGGUUAGAGGCCAUACACUCGGUGGCAACAUAGCCACAACCACACACACAAUGGAGCGACGGGUAAUGCGGUAUUCAUACUUUGAUCUCAGCCGAGGAAGGCGUGUUAGAAGUUCAGAGGAGAAAAGUUCAAGCCGGUUCAGUUGUGCUCAAGAACUUCAAAGUUCGACCUAUUAAACACUGCAGAUACCUCUCAAAAGGUUAGGUACAUGACAUGAUUCUGUAGAUGUACACAAUACUAUGUCUGAUGUUGAUCUUUUGAGGACAGACUAUAUGAAUACCAACUGUGAUGACGACAGCCAACCCUCAAGCUUGUUUGACCGGUUAUCAAAUGUCAUCCAAAGUUCAGGACCAGCUCGGCAAACAGGGCACAAAACGAGUGAUUUCUCGGUCAACAUCACCAUAUCUUCUUCUCGAUGAUAAAGCACAAAAUCCAGAGAGCCAGCAAGCCAGAAAGACCAACGUCAGGACAGCGAUCUCACCCCAAUGCAUUCGUCGAAUUGGAGUUCCAGAGAUUCGUCCUCAUCGUCGUCCUUGUCGUCGCCUUCUAUGGUAGUCCACGGGGUCCGAUCUCUCUGCGCCUCUUGAUGGAUGCAGCGUCUUCUCCUGAAGCAAGACGGCGAAUGAGAUCCUCAGGGUCGAAAUCCGUACCAAUUGGAUUCUCCGCGAACUCCUUAGACGCCAUGAAUUCAUUAGCUUCUUCGGCUGUGUCGAAAUUAUCGACCUGGGUCUCGAUCUGGUUGCCGUCGGGGUCGGUGUAAUAGAGACUUGUCGUGGGGCCGUGGUUAACACACCACGAUGGCACCAUCCCUAAGGCUUUACGUUGUUGAUAUCCCAGCAUUAAAUCUUCGAGAGUGUCGAACGUGAAGGCGGUAUGCUCCAAUCCACUCGACCCAAUUACCUUGGGCUGUGUCCCUGGAAACGCAAUGAGGGCGAUUCGAUGGUGCUCUUCGUCAUACCGGAGGAAGCACAGCAUGUCGUUCUCGUAACUCGCCUCUGCUCCCAGGAAAUCCUUAUAGUAUUGCACCAUAUUUC